UCACACACUGGGAAAGCUCAACCCCUUCAACAGACCAUGGACAGCCUUGUUUAAUUAGAAAGGGGCUGCGAAGACGCUCUGAGAUUGAUUGAUGUGUGCGUUAACCAUCGAGUGGCUAAUCCGGUUGAAUGACAAACGGUUAAGCCAAUUGCUACAAAGACAAAAAAUAUAUUCCCUUAACAUCUUUAUAUCGCUAAACCCUAAGAAAAAAAUUAGUUUGGACACAGAGAAGCCACCCAAACGUAAGGCUCACAGAAACGAGGUGACUGGAACUAAACUGUCGUUCGGGGUCACCGUGAGGUAUCAGCACGGUUGCAAGUUUAUUAGGAUAAACGCAAGCGUUUAUGCGCCGGAACUCCAGCAAUGGCUGUAGCUACUCUGUGGCUGUAUUCGAGAAAUUUGAUCGUUGCUUGUGCUGUACAUGCAGACCUCUGUGUUGUUUUCGAUGGCGUUUUGUCGAAUUGGAUUUUGAUUCGUUUGUAAAGUCGGCUUUGCUUUGCUGCUCGCUCUCGGUGGUUAAUAACAUUUUCAGCACCUGGACAGCUCCUCACCAAGAGACCUAUAUUCGGUGUUAGGAGUCCCUGCUGUGAUCGUGGGGGAAACCCUCUGUAAUCUGGAACGUUAGCGGUGCGUUUAACGUCCUCUUCAAUAUAGGUAUAAGAAUGGUGUUAUCAAGUUAUUUGGUUAGACGGAGAAACACUUAAUAGCAUAUUGGUGAGUGAUGAUGCUUGCGUUUCGGAUCGGGUUUUUUCGCUUUGCCCUGUCUUCUGAAAAGCAGCGGGGGUGCUUGUCCAAUGCAAAACCGCUAAGGAUAGCAGCCUACACACUGCGAACCCGGAGCUUCACUCACACUGAUCCUCAACCAGGGAGACAUUAUCAUCAUCACGGGGGCAAGGGAGGCACGAUUAAACGGUCAACGAUGUAAAUCAACAAAGGUCCGUUAUGUGUGAAGCAUUUCUCCUGUACGGUGAAGGUGAACGCAGGAGUUAGAAUAGGGUGACGUCCAGUGAAAGCCCAGUCCCCUCCCCCCCCCCCCGCCGGCCCCCCCAUCCCCACCCCCAGCGCCACAUCUCUCAGCAUGACCAACCCACAAGCCGCCCAGCAGGCCGGGGUGUCGGACCUGGAGAUCAUAUCCCAGCAGGCGGAGGAGGAGAGCCAGUGCGUGGCUCCUGUGCAGCUGGUGGGCUUCACUUACAGGGACCUGCCAUUGGCCGCCCUGGACCUCUCCCUGGCCGGCUCCCAGCUGCUAUCCAACCUGGACGAGGAGGACACCAGAGAAGGGUCGAACUGGCUGAAGCCGUGCUGUGGGCGGCGGGCAGCGCUGUGGCAGGUCUUCCUGCUCAGCGCGGGGUUCAACUGCUUCCUGGUGGCCUGUGUCGUGCUGGUGGUGCUGCUCCUGGCUCUGGAGCUUCUGAUCGACACCAAGCUCCUACAGUUUUCCAGUGCUUUCCAGUUUGCCAGCAUCAUCCACUGGAUCAGCCUCGUCAUCCUCUCCGUGUUCUUCUCAGAGACUGUCUUCAGGAUUGUAGUCUUGGGGAUCUGGGACUACAUUGAAAAUAAAGUAGAGGUGUUUGACGGUGCGGUCAUCAUCCUCUCUCUGGCCCCAAUGGUGGCCUCCACAGUUGCCAAUGGACCCAGCAGCCCUUGGGAUGCCAUCAGCCUCAUCAUCACCCUGCGCAUCUGGAGGGUCAAGAGGAUAAUAGAUGCCUACAUCCUGCAGGUGAAGGUGGAGAUGGAGCUGGAGAUCCAGCAGUAUGAGAAGGCCAAGGCAGUGAGAGAGGACCAGCUGGACCGACUCACCCAGAUCUGUCAGGAGCAGGCGUUUGAGAUCCGGCAGCUGCGGGCUCACCUGGCCCAGCAGGACCUGGACCUGGUGGCGGAGCGCGAGGCGGCCAUGCAGAUCCACCGCGUGUGGGACAAGCAGAGCAGCAGCUUCCGCGUGGUGGACGGCCUGGGCCCCGGGGAGUCGGACGACGAGGGCCACGGUCGGAUCCGGGACCCCGCGCCCCCCGCAGGCCCGGUUGUUUGUGACGACAUGAACAACUACAUCAGCCAGUAUUACAGCGAGCCCAGCAGUGAUGUGGGGGUCCCGGACAUGGGGGCGCGUGUCAUCACCACGGCGGCCAUCGACGUGCACCUCCCGGACAACCCCAGCCAGCCGUCCUCGGUCCUGCGGAGCGCGGACACGCCCGGCGGCCUGGAGCGCACGGGCAGCUCGGUGAGCGACACCUCCUUCAGCGCCUCGCGCUCCACGCCCAGCUUCUCCACCCGCGGCCAGAGCCUGAGCAGCCACACCCUGGGCUCCACCACCGACUGCAGCAGCAGCACCACCACCGCCCGCGAGCCCUCCUCCCUCUGCUCCGGCCCCCAGUGCCGGCCCCCGCCCUACCGCAGCGCCGUGGUCUCCCCGGGGCCCGGGCGGGGCCCCCGUGACCCCACCGCCGUGGUGCAGGAGCUGCUCUCCUCCCUGUCGGGGGACUCCUGCCUGGCCCAGAAGGGCCUGGACCCCGUCAACCUGAAGCUGCCCAGCCCGGCCGGCUCGGCCGAGACCAGCCCCGAGAUGGAGCACCGGCUCAACAUCUACAACCGCAAGAACCAGGACGGCCUGGCCGUGCUCCAGACCAAGCCCCUCAUCCACCUGCAGGCCAGCGAGCCCCCGCUGGGGGAGAAGUACCGGCUGCUGGGCCCCGCCGACUCCCCCCUGGGCCACCUGCCUGACACAUAGUGACCAGGGGGAGGCGCUCCCUUUCCCUUCCUCCUCCUCUCCUGCGCAGAUGCUACAGAUGAUUUGCUCAUGCCUCUGAAAUAAGUACAGAAAGAAGAAGUGAGCACCACGGCUUUGGGUAGGCUACUCUUCUGUGAGAACUGCUGAUGCUCCCCCUUCUCUUGCUCCUCUGAGGCACCAGUGAAGGACACUCCUGCCCAAAAAUCGCACAACUGUACCAGGGAGGAAAGGGUGGCAGUGGGGAGGAUGUUUGAGCCGGCGCUGGAUAAUCAUCAGGAAUUAGUGUUUUUAAUGCGUCCCAUCGUGGAGAAUGGAAAAGGCCCCUGUGUAUAUGAAACCAGCAAGGGAACACACUGAAGUUCUUACAGAACUAGCUAAUGUGGAACAGUGCUUUAGAUGAGGCCAAACAAAUGGGUGCCAACGGUUUAAUAGGAGAAGGUUAAGGGGGGGGAGGGGGGGUGGCAUAAUUGCAGGACAGUUUUGGGGGAUUUGUUUUUUGUCUUUUCUUUUAAUGGAAUACUGUAACAAUAUAUACAGUCUUCUCUGAUCCAGCUACUGCAGGGUACAUUUGAUUGGAGCAAAUUUCUUACCUUUUAUCUUUCUACAGAUGAUGACAUUUGUAUUCAAAUUUAAAAAGGUUAAACUGCACCAGCUCCAGCAUUUUUUAAAUUGGAGGAGAGGAUGACUGAAGGAAGGAAGUGCAUAUUGAAAGAACACCUGACUGCAGAGCUGAGAGGGACUAGAAUGCUCUAGAAUGGAAUGCUUACGGCAUGAACCUUUAAAAAUGAUCUGCUUUCCAAAUAUGGCAAACUAACCCUGUGCACUUUAAUGUUUACAGAUAUUUUAUAAACAAAUACUGAAGGAAAUUCAUUUCAGACUGCAGGUGUCAUUCAAUUAAAAGCCAAGUUUCUAAAACGAUGGAAAUUGUAUUUGCCUUGUUGAUAACCAUUACUUACCAAGAGUGCCGUUGAAAUGCCACGCAAAUUACUACAUGUGCACUUGUGCCCAUCAGCAAAUGUAGGCAAUUUCAAGGUAAGAACGAGAUAUAGGUAAUCACAUUUUUUGUAUAAUACAGUCGGAAUAGAUAGCUAUAUUAUAAACUGACCCGUGUUGGAUCUACAAAUUGAAAAUAUGUAAUCAGGGACAUAAUUUCAGAGGCUGAAAGGGAAGCGAAUAAUUUGUAUUAAGUGCUCUAUAUUAGCGGUUAUGGAAAUGAACAACAAGUAAAGAAACAAUAUGAAACAAUAUUGAUAGGCUAUCAUGCAGACACGUCUUUCUCGUUAAAAUGGAAUGAGAUUGUAUCGAUUUUUCAUUAAGCCAUUACUGUAAGCCCUCAAUAUAUUAUUUAUUGUCAGGUAUAUUUCCAUUUAUUAAUGCCAACUUCCACAAGGCGGGGCAGCGCGCGCAUGCGUACGUGUGCGUGUGUUAAUGUUAUUACAAAGUUAUUCCCAACAGCAGUUCGCUCACACUUAUGAAAGCUCUCAGUGAGUGGUUAACAUUUGCGGAACACUUUGUUGAAUGAAAAAUACCAGGGCCUCUUUUACAAUGAAUAGUAAACAUGCAUUUCUAUGCACAGUUGGAGAAUUGAUGCCUCCCAGUUUAAAUGUAGGCUACGUGUACUUCUUUCAGUAUAUCCUUGUAAGCAUGAGCUAACUGCAUUAGAUUGAUAAAAUUGGGACGAUGCUCUUUUGAGGUUGGACCCAAACAUGUUUUGACAAUUCGAAAUGGGUUCCAGGAGUUCAUUGCUUAGUGUCAACUAGAAUUUCUGUACGGGCCAACAGCCAUAUUGCAUUAACCGAUUUUCUCCUUAUUUGCAUAUCGCUGUAAAACAUGUUAAUUAUUUAGAACCACGAACAUCACAAGAACUGUCACUACCAGAACUCACUGAGUGAAUCAUUGUGAACGUCUCUUCGCGAGGAUAAUAAACGGCAAUUAGCCAUUUGAAGAUAUCUUUAAUUAAAAAGAUAAGCUAACAAUUCUAUGCUAAUUGAAUGUUUACAACAAUUAUUUCCAUUUUAAAUUGUGAAUAGAUAAUGAUAAUUGGUAAUGAAUUCUUCAUAAGUAUUUCAUAAAGAAAUAUGCUUAACAAAUUCCCGCAGUUCAUGCUUAUUUAAUUUGAACUGCUGUGUAAUUAGAAUGAAUGAGCACCCUAUGAUAUGUGAAUAAAUGGUUAUUUGGACGGUAGUUAGAACAGGCACAAGUUUGUGACGAGGCUGAAAAAUGAUAUUACAUGAACUUGAAUUAUGCUCAGCUUUUCUUCUUCAGCUACGAACAGAGGAACAAGAUGAGAAUAAUUAGAGUCCAACCCUCAGCAAUAAUUCUGCGACCCGAAUGAUACAGAAAGGGCUCACCAAGUCUGGAGAAUCUCUCAGUAAUGUCUGUCGGCGAUAGCCUACUUCGAGUUGACGGAGAAACAAAAAAUCACAAGUAAGGGAUUUCACUUGAAGUUCUAUGAAGUUCAGAAAGUGACUUGGUUGUAUCUGUAUAGGCCUAAUUAAAAUUUAUAGUUUAAAAUAUCAAACGAAUGGCAAAUAAAUUAUUUUGGAAGCCAAUAACAUUUUGCACGACAAAGCAAUUUACUCUGUAUAGAGGAAAUAAACAUCUCACUGGAA